AUGCGGAAGAGACAGCAGGUGGUCAGGGUCCCCAGGACUCAGGCAGUGACUGUCGGGCCUCCCCGGGAUGGGGAAACUUACGCCUUAAUUAUGAGCAGGGUCACCACAGCGGUGAACCUUCAAGAGUUGGGAGUGGAAGUCAUCGGGGCGCGAAAAACAAAGUCCGGCGCCAUCCUCCUGGAGGUUAAAGGAGGAGCGGAAAAGGCGGACGCGCUCGCGAGGGACCUCAGGGAGAAAUUGGGCGAAGAGGCGCGGAUUGGGCGCCCGGAGAAGACGCGGCCAGUCCUCAUCCUCGGCAUCCCGGAAUGGGUCGACAAGGAGGAGGUCAUGGCGGUGGUCAACGGGGAGAGUGGCACUCCGGAGAGGAGGUUACGGAUGACGCUCAAACCGGGAACCAGAGGAAGUAGCACUGCGCAUGUUGAAGUACCGGCCAGAGAAGCAAAGGCGCUACAAACUAAAGGUAGGAUAAAAAUCGGAUGGACAGUCUGCAGGGUGAAGGUUUUGGAUGCGUACCAGCCCAGGUGCUUCAGGUGCCUCGAGACGGGUCACCUAGCCGCGGAAUGCAAGGGUCCGGACCGGAAGGAUUGCUGCCUCAGGUGUCGGCUCCCGGGUCACCGCACAGCCAGCUGCGACGCACCGCCAGCCGAUCGAAGGACACCGGCAGGCGGGAUGCAAGAGGAGGAGCCCCGGAAGGGCGCUACCGAUCCUGCGCCAGCGCGGGAUUGA